GAAACAUUUUUUUCAGUAGCAUUUGCUAACUUUUUCUCUCAACAACUCAAUUUUUAUUUUUAUUUUAUUUUUCGAUUCGAGCUUUACCGGACACCACUUUUUGUGGGUAGAAUGUAAACAAACGCGUAGAAAACGUUCGAUUUGUUUGUCUGUUGUAUCUACUAUCAACAAACAGGAAUUCCGGUUAAAUAAAAACACAUUACAGUGGACGAACAUUUGUGACUUAUCUAGUGUUAUACGGCAGUGAAAUCGUUGAGAACUUCCUAGGAUUCCAGGUGUUUUUACAAUCUUCCUGGAGAAAAUGGACGAAUGGGGGGAAAGUAAACCUGGCGUCGAGCUUUUCGUGGAACAUGCCGCCAGCGUUCGUGUCACGCAAACUUGCGUCAAGCUUUACGUAGAACCUGCCACGAACGUUCAAAUACCGCAGCCUUGCGCCGAACCUUCUGUAGAGCAUGCCACAAGCGUAUACAUCACGCAACCUUGCUUCGAGCCUGAUGCAAAGCCUGUCACGACCGUUUACACUCCGCCACAGAAGAGUAGAAUAGUAUGCAUAGUUCCCGGAUGUCAUACACGGUACGGUGAAGGUUGUUCAUUCCACUGUUUUCCCAAAAAGGAGGAUAAGAAACGAUACAAACUGUGGCUGACAAAACUGCGAUUGAAGUACGAACCGUCCGCGUCGACGAAAGUUUGUAGCGCACAUUUUAGCAGUGAAAAUUUCGUUGUUCCAACGAAGAUGCUAAAAAGUACAGCUGUGCCGGAUAUGAACCUACCUCAACCGAAAACUGACCCAAAAAAAGAUAAAAUAGCUAAGAAACGUGCUGAACGAGUUGCCAGGCGGAGGGAAGUUAAGCUGGAAGAAACACAUGUGAUCGAAACACUGGACUUGGUGGAAGCAGCUGUUCAGGUGGACACGCUUGAAUUGGAUUCACUUACUAUCGGUCGCCGCAGAACGAUGUCUGUUCACUUCAAAACUGAUUCGGAGUUAAACUCCUGGACCGGAUUGGCUACCCUUCGGAUGCUGAAUACCAUCGUUGAGGGCUUGUCUUCAUUGGCUGCAUACAAGAAGCGAUCACGCUCUCCCGUUUCACCGGAAGAGGAAGUGCUUGUUGUGUUCAUAAAAAUGAAAACGAAUAUAUCGUUCCCCUGCCUGGCUACUCUCUUCAACUUGAACCACCGAACUGUUUCUACGGUGUUCCUCCGAACGGUUCCACUGUUGAAAAUGAUGUGCACUCCAUUAAUACCAUGGCCCACACAGGGAGAAAUACACCGCAACAUGCCACACUAUUUCCGGCCAGAUUUUACGGAUGUGGUCGCUGUGCUCGAUUGCAUGGAAAUUCCAAUCAAAAAACCAAAAUGUCUCCACUGCAGAAUCAACGCAUAUUCGCAUUGUAAAGGUCAUGAGACUGCGAAGUACUUGAUUACCGUUACACCGGGUGGAACGAUAUCCUAUGUGAGUCGUGGAUACGGUGGGAAGGCUUCGGUAAACCAAAUAGUUGCGGAGGGAAAUAUGCUUGGAAAGUUCAGAAUGGGUGAAGCACUGAUGGCCGAUAAAAGAUUCAGCAUAGAAACCGAAUGUGCUGCCUACGGAGUAAAGCUCGUGCGACCGCCUUUUUUAACCGCUCGUCGGUAUCAGUUUAACGGAAAGGAUGCUCGUGAAGGUGUCUCGAUAGCCGCGGCAUACACCCUUUAUGUGGAAAGAGCUAUACAACGCAUAAAAAUGUUCGGAAUAUUCAACAACGAAAUCGAUACACGAUUUGUCCCCAUUUUGGAUGAUUUAAUAUACAUUGCCUGUGGAGUUGUCAACAUUUCGAAGCCAUUUUUGUCAAACGUACGACUUUAGAAGUUGUAUUUUUGAUUUGAAGUACUCGAAAAUAUUUUGGUUAAGUGACAGAACAUAAAUACAUUGAAAUGAACAAUGAAGUAACUUCUUUCAGUACUGCUACCAAUGGCCGUAACAUAAUCUAAAUUGAAAUCAAAAUUUAUAACAUAUGGCAUCUGUAUCAAUGUUCUGAGUGGAUUAUUACUUCUUCUUCUUUUUGGCUUUAAGAGGGUUUAAACUUUUCAGUUCAUUCGCCUCUAGGUGGAUUAUUACGUUUGCUGUUUCACAUUUUGCUAUAUAGUUCUCAUUCGUUCCCAGCAAUUGCAUGACUUGGCACAUUUUAAGUCGUAUAUAAUGUGGGAUCGAAUCACAAUCGUAGAUAAUGUCGAUCAACGCGUACAUCAUGCAGGGUGUCGACAACCUUGAAAACCUUUGAAAAUCGAGGAAUUCAAACAAUAUCAGAGAAUUUUGUCCCCAAUCUGGAAAAAAAGGAAAUUCCGCCAAUUAGAAUUUUGAUCAUUGCAGUUAAUGAAUACCAAAAAAAUGUUGUAUAUGACUAGUUUGACUCUCUGUAGGUUUUUUCAGUAUAUGUAGUAUGCUUUUGCCUAUGACCCGAAGGGUAAACAGUGCAAAAUUAGACGGCUGUUACAUUUGCGCUUUUUUUUACUGGCAUUUGGCAUCAGUAUCAGCAUUUGAGCUUCAACCAAUUCCCUUCCUUUUCUUAUAAUAAUUGCAUUUAAAUUGAGUUUUUCAUUGUUCAAAAUCUGCAUUUUUUCUCUUCUGAUACAUCAAAUGGAUGUCCUAGAAAAACCGUUUCGUGUAUGUACUUGUAUCCUUUAAACGAGUUAGAUGACAUAACGUGGUAGAAUUCGGUACCACAUUAUGUUCAAAAAUGUACACAAAAAUACCAUUAAAGCCAUUACUACCCUUUUCUUCUGUUUAUUCAAUCAUGCAGAUGAAGACAAAGAGUCAUCAUGUAUCAUUUUCAAACACAAGUCUAAAUUGUUAAAACCUA